UAAAAGCAUACAGUCUCUUCACCAGAUCGACAUGAGCAAACUGAGGCGAGCACUCAUGAUGUCUUCAGUACGCUCACCCAGUCUGGUGUUGUCCUGUCUGCUAGUGCUUGUUCUCUGCGGAUGGACAGCCGGAAAAACGUGCCGGAAGAGCUGUCAAAGCCCACUGGUCCUAUACUCGACAAACUGCGUCUGUGUACCAUCAUUUGUACAAUGCUUCAAACUAGAUGAGAAAGGUUGUGCAGCAAUUGUGAAGGCUAAGUUCUGCAACACUCCGACCUACAUGGUGUCCUGCGCGCACAGUUGCGGUCUUUGCAAGUCCAACUAUGUUCCGUCCAACAAACUAGCCAUUGCUUUCUUCCCCAGCGGAAAAUCUGCACUCGGAAUAUACCAGGGCAACUGUGGCACCGUCCCCCGCUUAACAAAUGGUGUAUGUAGGGCAACGCAUGGCAAACUUGCAGACGUUGCAACCUGCGUCUGUAAUUCCGGUUACAGCAUCAGCGGACAUGGUCUGAGUUCCUGCCAGAAGGAUGGGACAUGGUCGGCCCACGCCACCUCCUGCGUCGUUAAAAACUGUGGCUCGCCUCCAGUGGUCGCUCGUGCAAGUGUCAGCGCCCCCAUCACGACAUUUGGCGCAACGGCAACAUACACGUGCAACGUUGGCUUCAGACUUCGCGGCACCCCUAUCUCAAUAUGUCGACCAGAUGGUACCUGGACACCAAUGGAUCGCAUUUGUACGCAUUUUGUCUACAAGAACAACAGGGUGCUUGUAUUUCGCAUUGCUCCCGGAAAUGGCGUCAGCACUGUUCCAACGUGGGAAAACAACGCCAUCGCCCACGACAGCCCUCUUUUGUCCACCUCGAUACAACCAGGAUGUUUCGUCCAGGAAAAGUCCAAAGCCUGUUCAACUCACUUCAAAAGUAGUAUCGUCAACGAUUGGGGAAAGGCUGGCAUUUUAGAGGUUCUAGUGGUCUUGUCCAAAAGCGGAAAAAGUUACUAUUUCAAAUUCAACGGCAAAGGCACCAACCGCAUGAACUGGUUUUCGAAAGCAAAGCUCAUAUCCUCUUCAUGGUAUAAAAUCACCAAGCAGACAUUCAACAGAUUCGCCAUCAAAUUCUACACGUACAGACGCUGGUACAUCAACCGAUCGUGGCGUGGUUGCAGAAGUGACUCUGGUUGGAUGCUCGUCAAAGACACGGCCAGAAACGGACCAUGUGGAUAUGACAAGAUAAAGAAAUUCCCUGUGGUCAGGUUCUCCAACUCCAACAAAUACUACGGCAAUGCAGUUUACUACAGAGAAGCAGAUUCUAUGGGAAUCUACGUGAAGCUUGCCGCUGAUGUCUGUGGUUCACCCCCAACUCUGCAGGGUGCUACCGCGUCCUACUCUUCAAUAGCCAUUGGUGCCAAAGUGACCUAUUCCUGCCUCAAAUACUACGCUGGCAAAAACUCGCCACAGAUAACUUGCCAAGCAGAUGGAACGUGGACCUCGCUCUCGUACACCUGUACAUUAUUCGAUUGCCGCACGCCGAAAACCAUAUCCAAUGCCUUCGUAACCGCACCUGCAACCACCGUAGGCCAGGUUGCUACCUACAGUUGCAAGCCUGGUUACAAGGCAAGCGGCACCCGGACAAUCCUCUGCAAAGCUGGUGGUACAUGGUCCUCAACAAACUACAAAUGUUCAAUCACUAACUGUGGUCCACCCCCUACCGUCGUGGACGCUACUGUUUCCGCACCCUCUGUCCUCUUCGGUGCUAAAGCCACUUACAAAUGCAAACAAGGUUUCACUUGGAGAUCUGGCUCUUUCAGCAUCGCCUGCUUGGCAAGCAAGAAAUGGUCAACUCCAAGCCUAAAGUGCUCCCAAUUUUCCUACAUCAACGGCAAUGUUUUGGGCAUGAGGAUAAUCCCUGGUAACGGUGUCAACUCGGCCAAGACUUGGCAGGAUAAGUCCAUCAAACGGGACUUCCCAAUACCCAAGUCUCUCCAACCUGGCUGCGUCACGUACGAUACGUCAUUGCCCUGUAACACCCAUUUCAGGAGUACGCUGCUCAACUACUGGACCAAGAUUGGUUUGAAGAGGGUCCGCGUUGUGCUCUUAAAAAAGAAGUCGGCAGUUAGAAUACUGGACUUUAACCCUGCAGGAACGAACUACCUCAACUGGUUCUCCAGAAAGAAGCUACGGAGUUCCACUUGGAAAAAUCUUCCUUUAUAUUACAAAUAUUCUAUGAACUAUUUCGCGAUAGAUGGUCCCGCAGAUUACAGAAACUGGUACAUCAACCGGAAUUGGGGCGGCUGCAGUAAAGACAGCGGAUGGCUUGUCGUAAAAGAUACCGCUGCCGGUACUUGCUCAUACGAUAAAGGAAGUUCAUUUCCAAGGAUCAGAUAUUCCAACUAUAAAUACAAUGAAAGAUCAACAGGGUACGCCACGGCCGAUACGAUGCUCAUCCUCCUCAAGCUGGCUUCCGACGUUUGUGGACCCCCCACCUCCUGUGGCCAAUGCUAAGGUUGUCUUUUCCUCGCUAGCGGUUGGCACCGAUGCCACGUACACCUGCAAUGUUGGGUACUCUCCUUCAGGUAAAGCGACAGCACGCUGUAUUUCAGACGGGAAGAGGGAAACCCCUGCCUUGACCUGCACA